ACAGAAGAACGUCGAUCGGAUCGUCGAAGCUCGUAGAUUAUGUAAGUUGAAAAUUCGUGACGGUGCUGCACGUAAUUUCAGAGUUAUCACUGGGAAAGUUCGGUUCUUUGCAAGAAUUUGAUUUUUGAAUAAUUUAAUCAACGUCACGAUGGCUGCACGAAGAAUUGCUCAAUCUAGCGUCAAUUGGGCAGCAUUGGCUGAACGAGUACCACCAAACCAAAAAGCUAACCUUGCCGCUUUUAAGUCGAUGAGUGACAAAUAUCUCCGAAGUGUUUUGGUCAACCCUGAAACCCCACCAAAAAUUGAUUGGGCCUUUUAUCAAAAGAAUGUCCCCAUAGCUGGAAUGGCGGACAAAUUUCAAAAGGCCUAUGAAGCUUUACAAAUUCCUUACCCAGUGGAUACUGUUACGCCACAAGUUGAAGCGCAGGAAAAGCAAGUUCGUGAGGAAAUUGCAGCUUUCGUAAAAGACUCGGAGAAUCGUAUUGCAGAAUAUCAAAAGCAAAUUGCUUCCUUAAAGGCCUUACUUCCUUUCGAUCAAAUGACCAUGGAGGACUUCCGCGACUCUUUUCCAGAGCACGCUUUGGAUCCAGCUAAUCGUCCGACAUUUUGGCCGCACGCUCCAGAGGACCAGCACGUUGAUGCUCCUCAAGAGAAGGCUCAUCAUUGAAAGGAAUGACUUCAAAAGGAUAACACACGUUCACUUAUAGUUUGAUGUAAUAUUCCAAUAAAAUUUAAAAGUGAACUAUUUCUACAUAGAACUGCGCUGGGAAGAUUGAGAAGCACGAUCAUCGCCUUCUAUUGCGUCUCGUUUUCUUUUGUGAUGAUUAGUUACUAACUGUGUCGAUUUGAUAUUAACGGAUUUCUCUUGCAACCAAUCGGAGAACAUUUUGAGAUUUUUACUUCCUGACUCAUAUAGGAUCCGUUCUAUGUAUUCCAAGUUCUUGUUAUCCAUUAGAUUUUCACUGUUUACGUUAUUACACAUGUCUUUGAUCGCUUUUAUUCUUUCUUGGGCUGUAUCAAGGAGCAUUCCGGCAAGGUCAUCUCCAGAUUCAAACUUACAUAAGUACAUACCCAACUCAUAAUAAAAUUUGUUAAGUUUGCCUAGCUCAACGUACGUGGCAUCUGCUUUAUAAAUCUCUUUGUAUGCAGCA